UGACAGUUUGGCUGAACGUAAAAGUGAAAUCAAAACAUUUUAUGUUCCAAUGAUGUGAUGAAAUUGUGUUGUUUUGUUAAAUAUUAUCGUAGAAAAUGCAGUAAGCUUUAAUUCACCAGUGGACCGUCAGCAAGAUGAAAAAGUUAACCGGAACCUUUCGAAAUACUCAGUGGGAUCCGUAUUUGCUGAUCGCACAGAUCAUUGCAAUGCAGGCCCUCCUGUACGCUAGUCUUGGCUUGAUAAUGAUCGCAAUGGACAUUCUGGCGGAAGCGAAUCACACACUGGACCAUCUGUUCGAGUAUCACGAAAUCCACGUCACUGAUCUCGGUGGACGGUUGGUGAUUUUCGCGUUCGUCAUCAACUCUCUCGUGGGUUCGGGGCUGCUUUGGUUUGUGGUGCGGCGUACAAAGCUUUGCCUGGAUUUCAGUGUCACUUUCCACUUCAUUCAUUUGGUGGUUUGCUGGUGGUACAACAGUGCCUUCCCGGCGACCAUCAGCUGGUGGCUGCUGAAUGCCGUCUGUACUGCGCUCAUGUGCGUAGGUGGUGAGUUUCUUUGUCUCAAGACGGAGCUGCGGGAAAUUCCGGUCGGCUAUUCCGCUUUGAACAACAAAGUUGAUCUGUAGAACUGUAGCGACCGAAUGAGUGCGAAACGAGAAGUGAGUGAACUGUUAAGGAUACGUUCUAAGGUGCGGUGUGCUUAUGUGUUGCUUGUAAAUAUAAUUCAGUACUCUAGAAACCAUUUUUCGUUCAGUGUGAUUGUGAAUACAGUGUUAGCAAUAUCUUCUUUAUCUUACCAUCCAUAGGCAACUUCCUUAUUAUUUUAAUUAUUGAAAACAUUGCUUUGAUGAAAACAUUCAUUCAUUAAAAUAAUUAAAGAAAAA